GGACCCCUCCUUACAACUGCCUUGCGGGGCUGCUGUGCGUCAGAGAGAGAGUCAUCUCCCCUAGAGCGUGACCAAAACCUUGUUUGCGUAACCCGUUCACGAUGGUGGCAACUAGGCUCUACAGGGCGCUGGCCGGGCUUCCUCUCACCGAGCAGCAAAAGGUGUUCGUGGGCGUCACAACGAUCUGCGCCAUCUGCGCGAUCCCCGUCCUCCGGCCGAAUCGGCCUAAGCCGGGACACGGCCUCUUCGACAGCGAGAAACCCCAAGCGGUAGAGCUGGCACAGGAGGAAGCGCGACGGAAAAAGCUCAACGUCGGCGAUCGGACGUAGACUGCGUGUGUGUACGGUGUGCGGCACGUGGUAGACUAAAGGCAAAGGGUGCGACGUUUUUUUGGUGGUGCAUUCCGCCGCCUGAGCAAGCGCAUAAUCUCGGCAGCGGACACGACCAUCGUUUCUCCGUCGUUACCCAAGUGGUAAACAGGCGCUAAGAGUUUUGCGCCCGUCGUAGCGCGUGGUAUUUUGUUGUUUGUACCGCAGUGGGUUGCUGAUGCUUUUUGCGCCCCCGUUUCGGCCCGCCUCAAAGACCCGUGUGUUUUGGGAAAGUUCUGCUGUAGAUAAGAGUCGCGUGGGUUAUGGAAGCCAGCCAGUCGUAAGGAUUAAAGACUGCUCUGCAUACACGUCGCGUCUGGCGUGUCUACGUUGGGACAUUCAUUCGUUGGUAUUUUUGUGCGUGCAUGGGUUUGCGUGUCAUUUAUUUAGGAGGUUCUGUUGUUGGCGUAGUCUCAUGAGGAUUGCCGCGUAAUCUUUGUGGUUGGUCUGGCUAUGAUGAAUGCCAAGUUGUACCGCAGCACACCCCAUGAUAUUGUUGCUGGAAGCUGACUCGGGUACACGCUUUAGAAAACACACCAGAUCGAGGUGCAUUUGUGCCGAAUGUUUGAUAUCGCCCGAUAAUGUCUCUCAUGAAUCACCCGUUGGCAGAAAAUAAACGCGAAGCAGUCGGUCGCUGGUGGCGUUGUCGACACUCUCUAGGCCUCCUAGCGGCCACAGGCCGAAGCCCGUACAGUGAAUUUCCACGCCAGGGGUUAUCAACCCCCAAUUCCCCCCCUACUGCUGUAGAACAAUAUUCGUUCCAUCGUCACAUAGAGGAGUUGUUGAAUGAUACGCGUACGUCUUCUCGCGAAAUCCAAACGAAGGCAGGUGUGGUGCGCCGUUGGGGAGGUAGGUUUGUGUGCCACCGCGCAUUGGACAAGCUCAUGAGUUCAUUAGAUAAUUGGGAAGACUACAGAGUGUGUUAGCUGGGGUAGACUAAAAUGUCCGUUGUUACUUUCUUUUUUGUAGUCAACCCGAGUACAGACCAAUUGGGAAUACCGGAGAAGGAGGAGAAAAACCAAAUAUUAGAUGAAUGUAUUUUGGACU